UGACUUCCCGAAUCUCCUUGGUUACCCGCAUGGAAACGCGGUCCCCCGUGUUUGCAGUCGCGCCGAUUUCAACGGCGAAGCAGAAGAGCGCUGCUGGGCACGGAGAGAGCUUCUACUCGAGCUUUGAUAAUCACAGAAAAGAGCCAUGAAGAUCGAGGAGGUGAAGAGCACGACGAAGACCCAGCGCAUCGCCUCGCACAGCCACGUGAAAGGCCUUGGCUUGGACGACGCCGGCAAUGCUAAGCAGACCGCGUCCGGCCUGGUUGGACAGGAGGCCGCCAGAGAGGCAUGCGGCAUCAUUGUGGAGCUGAUUCGUUCCAAAAAGAUGGCUGGCCGAGCUGUCUUACUUGCAGGGCCACCUGGAACUGGAAAGACUGCUCUUGCCCUGGCCAUGGCCCAGGAGUUGGGAAAUAAGGUGCCAUUCUGUCCGAUGGUGGGCAGUGAAGUGUAUUCAUCUGAAAUCAAAAAGACGGAAGUAUUGAUGGAGAACUUCAGAAGGGCUAUUGGUCUGCGAAUUAAGGAGACUAAAGAAGUGUAUGAAGGUGAGGUGACUGAAUUAACGCCAUGUGAGACAGAAAAUCCAAUGGGUGGCUAUGGGAAGACUAUCAGUCAUGUCAUCAUCGGCCUGAAAACAGGAAAAGGAACUAAACAGCUGAAGCUUGAUCCUAGUAUCUAUGAGAGUCUACAGAAGGAGAGGGUGGAGGUUGGUGAUGUCAUCUAUAUUGAAGCCAACAGUGGUGCAGUCAAGAGGCAGGGCCGUUGUGACACAUUUGCAACAGAAUUUGAUUUGGAGGCAGAAGAAUACGUGCCAUUGCCCAAGGGAGAUGUGCACAAGAAGAAAGAGAUUAUACAAGAUGUUACACUUCAUGACCUGGAUGUCGCUAAUGCCCGACCUCAGGGAGGCCAGGACAUCCUUUCUAUGAUGGGUCAGCUAAUGAAACCCAAGAAGACUGAGAUCACAGAUAAGCUGCGAGGGGAGAUCAAUAAGGUAGUGAACAGAUACAUUGAUCAAGGUGUGGCGGAGCUGGUUCCUGGUGUUCUGUUUGUGGAUGAGGUCCACAUGCUUGACAUUGAGUGUUUCACUUACCUGCACAGAGCUCUGGAAAGUUCCAUCGCACCCAUUGUAGUGUUUGCUUCUAACCGAGGAAACUGUCUUAUUAGGGGAACAGAGGAUAUCAGUUCUCCUCAUGGAAUCCCACUGGACUUGCUGGAUCGAGUCAUGAUUAUCAGAACCAUGCUGUAUACGCCACAAGAAAUGAAACAGAUCAUUAAAAUCAGAGCUCAGACUGAAGGCAUUAACAUUAGUGAAGAUGCUUUAAGUCACCUAGGAGAGAUCGGUACCAAGACAACCCUCAGGUAUGCAGUUCAGCUCUUGACUCCGGCCAAUCUACUGGCAAGAGUUCAGGGGAAGGAAGGAGUAGAGAGAGAGCAGGUGGAGGAAAUAAAUGAGCUCUUCUAUGACGCCAAGUCCUCGGCAAAGAUACUACAGGACCAGCACACCAAGUUCAUGAAAUAACUCUCCCAUUUUUUGUCCUACUGGGCCUAAAUUUCUUUUCAGAAUUGAAUGGGCCAUUCAAGCCACAGUGCAGAGCAUAUGCUAAUAGGUCUGUACUUAGAAAAAUACUGUUGAAUCCCUCUGGGUUUUUCUUUGACAAACCUGUUUGUUCCUUUUUCCAUUGUUUCUUUUUUGGCUUUUUUGCUAAAGAUUUUUUACAUACCCUUUAUUUUUGUUUAUUUUAAAAUGUGUAUGGAAUUUAAAUAAACGUAUUACCUCUAUCUAA